UUCAUCUGUCUGGACGACGAGGGACGGUCCGUGGGAUUUUUGUUCGAUGCAGAUGCUGAAGCUUAUUACAGUUUUGGUGUAGUCUUGGUAGGAAAAUAUGGACAAAAUCUGCGAGGAACUAGAUGAAGCCAAACUGGAGAUUGAGAGGCUCAAGGCAGACUACCUGAAUAAAGCUGCACAGUAUGAUAGCUUAAGGAAAGGGUACAAUGAGCAAUCAAAUAGGCUUCAGGAAGCGAGAGCGAAAAUCGAGAACCAGUCGGAAGAACUCACUGGGAAGACGCAGGAAAUUUCGGAAUUGAAGCGUUUGUGUGAAGAUCUUAAAUGCAGCUUAAGCGAAAAGGAAUCAACUGUUAAAUGUCUUAGUGCUGCCAAUGACACUCUCAGAUCUGAUUGUAAAGAGAAGUCACAAAAGUGGGAAGAGGAGAACAGGCGUUUGCUAUUGGCUGUAGAAGAAGCGAAUGAUAGAUGUGCCAGUCAAGAGGAGAAGCUGCGAGGGUUUGAAGAACAGAUUAAAGGCUUGAAAAGGCUUUUGGAUUCCUCACAAAAGAAAUGUUCUGAAGCAGAGGAAAAGGCCAAGGCUCCUAUAAAACUGAGAGAAAGAGAUGAUGUAAUCGACAGUUUAGAGCAGGAAGUCAGGAAAGUCGAAGAUCAGCAUAAAUGGAAGAAAGAGCAGUUCAAGCAUUUGGAAGAGGCGCACAACAAGCUCCGGGAACAGUACAAGACAAGCAAGAAAGAAUGGGAGCUGGAGAGAUCUUCAUUUCUUGAUGAGAUCUCUUUGCUACAGAUGAAGUUGGAUUCUCAAACUAGAAUGUCCCAGGAUCUUGGGAACAGGUUGCAGAUGUGUAACCAAGCACUCGCCCAUGAAGAAAGCAGAAGAAAGACUUUGGAGUUUCAGGUCUCCAACUUUAAAACGCGCUUUGAGAAUGUCUUUGGCGAAUGUGAGGAAGCAAAGUCGCAGCUGGAUCGCUUGAUGUCCCAGAGGGAUGAAGAGGUGGCAAAUUUGAGGCAUUUACUGGGGAGCAACGAGACAAUUUGCAAGGAGAUGAAAUAUCAGGCAAGGAAACUGCAGCAAGAAAAUGAAGAACUAAUAGGAGACAUCAAACAACUCCAAGAAGAGAAGAUAUACAAUGCAGGAAACUCUCCAUCUUUGGCUAAGCUGCGAAAUAGGCUAAAAAGCGUCGAGCGGAUGCACGAAGACUGUGCUGCAAAUCUUAAAGCAAAAGAGGCUGAGUGGAGUCGAGAGCUGGAGAAAUUGACAUCUGAACUGGAGGAUUGCAGGUCUGAGUUGUUGAGUAAGGAAGCAGCGCUCAAAGAUGUCACGAAGGAACUAGAAGGUUGUCAUGCCUCCCUGAUGCAGUUGAUGUUGAUGAACGAGGAGAUUUCCGUGACGCUAUUGGUGAUGAAAUCAGGAAUAUCUGAGUAUCAGUUAAAGCUUGCUAAUAAUGCUUCUGAUAUCGACAUGCAUAACAAGAUCAGAGAAGAUAAUGCUUCUCUUCUGAUAAAGCAGCUCGAGAUGAAGAAUGAAGCCUUGGCCAAGGCUCAUGGGGAGAUCAUCAGCGAACAUCAGAAGGUGCAGAUUGAGCUGGCAAGUUAUAAGGAAAUGCUUGAAGAAUCGUCAAGAUGCCAAUUUUUCUUGAAGGAGCAAGCUUUACGAAUGGAAGUCGAUUCCAAUGUGAAGAUCAAAGAAGUUUGUGAUGCCCUAGAUAGAACCAGUUCCGAGCUGACUGAGAAAAUUGGCGAAGCGAAUGAAAUGGAAUUUGAAUUGCAGAUAUGGAAAUCAGUUGCUGAUCGUUUGAAAUUUGAAAUUGAUGAAAACCAUGAAACACGUAAACAAUUGGAAGCCUCACUUCUUGCACAAUCCGAGUUCGAGAAUGCGAUGAAGAGGGAGAAAGAUGAACUUGCCCACCUGUUGGAAGAUAGAGACAGAAGUAUCGACUGUCUCCAGAAGAAGAUUUUGCUUCUGGAUCAAGAAAUCAAAAUGAGAGAAUUAGAAGUUGCUAAUUCUACAAAGAUGGAGUCACUAAUGGCCCUCGAAUCAGAGAGGAAUAGUUUCUUCCAAAUGAUCCGAGAGAAGGAUGAGAUCUUCAAGGAACUCCAUGAGGAGAUUAGUCAGCUGGAGCAGGAAUCACUUAGAAGAGAAUUCGAAGGUGUUCUUUUCGCCCAAUUAGGAGCAGAGAGGGCAUUUGAGAAUGAGAAACGCAAACUUGUCCAUCUGAUGGAAGAGAAGGACCAGAGAAUAAGGGACUUAAUGCACUCCAUGAAAUCCCUGGAAGACAAGUUCAGCAGCUCGAUGGUGUCCAUCUCCUCACAGCUAGCUGAAAAGGAGGCAGCAAUUGAUUCAUUUUGCGAAGCCUGGGAGAAGAUAACAGCAGCAGAAAUUGUGGCCGAGAUAGAAGUCGAAGAGAAGAGAAUGAUGAUUACGGAACUGGAGAAUGAGUUGACUAAUCUGCAAAAGAAGCUGGAGCUUCAGGAAAAAUCCCUGUCGUGUUCAGAGCAUAGAGCAUUGGACAUUGAAGCUGCACUGGAGGCAAAAGAAUCAGAGAUGAAAAACUUGGCUUGGGAGAUGGAUGUGAGGCUCACCAGCUCAGAUGCAUUGGUUAAUGAGCUGAAGAGCGAAAACGGUGACUUGCUUAAAUACAUCCGAGCAUUAGUAUCGGAAAAGGAAGAUUUGUUGGGACUUAUUAGGGAGAUGGAAGAAAGGAUCAGCAAGUCCUCUAGUGAAGACAACCAACUGAUGCAGGUCCUAGAUACGAUAUUACAGUCUUUUGAUUGUGAUGGCUCGAGUAUGGAUUCCGAACAGGACAACCAAAAUGUUGACCCUGUUAAAGAGGAUUUGAAGUCUGAUAAAUCUCCUUUUGUGAAGACAUACGCAGCCGUUUUGAAUGGAAGAUCUCCUUUCAGAGAGCUUAACAGUUAGCUCCACCGCAAGAUUGUCAAUGCCAGGUUUUGGUUUUCGGCGAGGAACCUGUUUGUGCCACUGACUUCUGAAUAUAUGAUUGCUGACAUUUUGUUUGCUAUCGAAAGAACCCAUGUAUGACUUGUGAUGCCAAAUUGUUAUCACGCAAUUUGUACUGUAAAUCUACCCUGAUUCUGUAGUCACUAAUUUGUUGGAUUGUCACUUUUUUCAAGGCAUUCAUCUAGACAGCUCCAAGCUGCAGAUCAGAAAAUAGUUCAGUACUUCAUCUUCAA